AUGUUGAUGAUCGUGGCCCUCACCCAGCAUGACAACCAGCAGUCCUCGCCCUCCCAAAACUCGCUACUCAAACCAUUCCAACUCACGUUCACUCAAGGCUUCAUCGUCGGCCAACUCUCAUUUUUAGUGCUCGUAAUAUGUUUUGUCAGGUAUGUCGUAUUCGAAGAUCCAAAGUCGGCGCAGAAGAAGAAACCAGGCGGACCACAGCGGAAAGCAUUCCACGCCCCCAACAACCGCCGUGCCAGCAAACAUUCUAGAAGGCUUUCUUUUCACGACAAAGCGCAGGGAACGUCCGAGUCAGAGCUUCUAUCCAAACUACCGUACGACCUCUCCAGCCAUCCCCCUGAAACAGCAGACUGGCUGAACGUCCUCCUCGCACAAGCCAUCAUCGCCUAUCGGAGCCUCGUUCACGGCCUAGACGAUGAUCCCUCGAUGCCAAAAGGAAACAAGGCAAAGGAGAUGGUCGAGGAAGCUAUGAAUUUCGCCCGCGGCGAAUCUCCGGGGAUCAUCAGUGUCGAUUAUAUCACGGUCACCGAAGUCGAGUUCGGAAAAGAGUACCCAGCCUGUACAAACGCAAGAGUGAGGCCAGCAGAUGAAACUGGUAGAAUGAGGGUCGAAAUCGAUAUUGAUUAUUCUGAUCGGGUCACAUUAGCGAUCGAAACUAAAGUCGUCGUUAAUUUCCCGACUGCUCGGUUUGCGGUCUUGCCCAUCUCACUAGGCUUAACUCUCAACCAACUAUCUGCUACGAUCAUGGCCGAGAUUCCACCGAUCGCAAUCCCCUUGCCGAUGAAUGACGAUCCGUCAGCACCUUCACCGGCGAUUUUGAUGUCAUUAGAUCCCGACUUUACAUUGUCAAUGACGACGACCUCAUUAUUGGGUUCUCGAGCGAAACUGCAAGAUGUUCCGAAGAUUGAGCAGCUGAUAAUGGGAAGACUGAGAGGCUGGAUUGUCGACAACCUGGUGUGGCCGAAGGUUCGAGUGUUGAAACUACCUGGGCUUGGCAACAAAGGUUCAGUCGAGGAUGCAGCGGAUGGGGAGGGUGAAUAUGUUUGGGUGGAAGGCACGACGAAGGAGAGCAACCCGCCGGGAAAUCCGAAAGAGUCAAAACCAAAGAGCAUCAUCCGUGAAGCUGAUGAGGAUGAAGGUCCCGCUUCGAGUGCCGAAAGCUUCGACCCCCCACGGGCCUUCAGGCAUUCUCUUCUGGGUCCGUCUCCAGGCAUUCCCCUCAACCCCAAACACCAUCGGAGCACCCCUUCUGGUUCCUCCAGGGCCGUUAAUAUGCCGCUCCUAUCGCCCUGUGAUUUAACUGAAUCAACCAGCCGGCAGCGGCACCCAUCGACGAGAACGGAUGGCCGGCAAGCUCCUCCUGAUUCCGAUGGGUAUUCGAAUCAGCCAAAGCCGCCCGGAGCUUUACCCGUCUCAGCCCGCUCGAUCGGCAGUUUUGUGGACAGUCAACCCCUACCCACGCUGUCCGAAGAGAAUCCCAACAACUCGACAGAGCAUGAGUGGCUCAAGUACCAUCGCUCCCUCGACACGCCUGUCGUGGCCAGCAACCGUUUCGCGGAAGAUAGAGGCCAGUGGGCGCGCGCGGGGGGAAUGAGUGGCGUCCCGCUCGGCUUGGGCGGCUCCCAAACCCCUAACCUGGGCUAUGGCAUCCGCGAACGGAUCCGAGAGGCGGAACGACUCAAAGGCCUGCGCGCCAAUGAUCUUGAUGACUCGUUCACUUCCCAACGGUGA